UUUUUUUGGUAUCAAAAGUUUGGAUUCUCAGUCAGGCUUCAGCUGUUAUCUUUAUUGCAAGUUUUAUUUAAACUUUUUUGCAGACUUCACAAGGGAGAACUCUAAUAUCUGCAUUCUAGUGAGUAGAGUACUUCAUUAGGGUGAGACAAGUACACAGGGUGAAGCAAAAGUUUUUCAUCUUUUUUCUUUAUUUAAGAUACUUGAACACUCUAUCUCUGAAAAGACAAAAGAAUUAAGAGAAUUAUUUAUAUAGAGGAGUUGCUUGAUAUGUGCUCAGUCACUGAAGAUAAAAAUCAGAGCAAUUUGUCUGUCAUCUGUUGUCACCAGCAAUGAAAUUGGAAGCUCUGAUUUAGAUUAUCAGGCAGCUGACAUCUACCAUCUCCUUAGUUCUGUCUGUUGUGGUCAUCUGACUAAGCUUGUACAAUCAACCCUGGCAUAUAACAGAGGCUUUGCUCUUUGAUGAAAUCGAGAAUAUCUGCCUUGGAGUGUGAAUGUAAAGCGUGUUGAUUUGAGAAAACAAUAUGAAGUGAUGCCAUCUUCUAGCACCAUGGAAGUUCAGUUUGUUCUUUCAGCUUCACACUUGGGAUACAUUUAAGAGCCUAACAAAAGCAUGUAACUACAAAGCAAAGUAGUAACUAAGGUUGCUGUUUUCUGUUCCUCAAUGGGAGUGAAAUUCAAUGACAUUGAGGUACCUCACCUAUGUUAGUGCUGCUAGCAAUCCUUUUAGAUAAGUUAGGUAAAUAUCUAGUACAUAUCUGUGUUAUUUAAUGGUAGAAAAAUCUGUUUGGUAUAUAUUGAUUUUUAAUUAAUACAUCUGUAUAUUUUAUGGUUUUGUACAUAGGCAGAUGCUAUGAUCACAGUCUUACAUGUUGGAAAAGUGUGAUCACUUUUCCAACUUUCCAGGUCUCCUCAGUGUUAAGGCCAGUGUAAAAUCAUCAUAGACCCCUAAUAAAAAAUUCCACUCAAUGCUUGGAAUACUUGAGUUGUCAUGAGAAACAACAUUCAAUUUCUAGGGAAUCAAACAUUGCCUGUCACUGGUAGUGAAAAUCAUGAUGAAUGCAAGUUUUGAACAAAGAAACCUUACUUCUGUAAGUGUAAAAGAAAAAAAGAAACUGAUUUGUCACUGCUCUUGUGAAGCUGUGUUUUGUGUUUGCGUCCCACCAUGUAGUUGCUUACUUGCAUUGCAUUCAGACACACUCGCUAUACUGUAGUCUGCCAUAUGAUCACUGUGUAAUUCUUGUACAUGUUUUGAAUUAACCAUUGCACUCUCCUCUUAUGAGCUGAUUUGAUCAGUGUUUGGAUUAAGUCAGAAGUUUGUCUAUGUAUGUGAAAAGGGUGUUGGCUUUUAGGAGGACAUGUUUCUCGGCUGGCAUUGCUCUGUCCUGUUCACUGUGCAGGAGCUAGGAUAUGGUAAAAUAAACCAGCCAAAACAUGGGUGAGAGGAAAGCAUAGAGUAGUGGAGCAGAACCAUGCAAUCUCACCAAUAGGUAAUGCCUACACUUUGAAGUGCUAUCCAGUUAAUCACUGCUCGCACAAUGACCACUUUGUGCAGUUAAAUCACCAGCCAAACCUCUUAUGGUUAUCCACCCUUGUCCUCGUUUCUUUGAGGGAACAAUGACAGAUAAAGAUUUUUUAUGACUCCUGGUAUGUAUCAUUUACAAUGACAUUUGCAUCAUGAAUGUUGUUGACAGGUCCCAGUGACAAAGGUGAGAAGAUGCAAAAGAUGUGGUAUUCUUUGCUGCCAUGUUUGCUGUUUUUACAACUUGAAGCUAAUCCUGGUCUUAAAGUGAGAAUUACUCAGAGAGGGCUGGACUAUGGUGUAAGACAAUCUGAGAGAAAUGUGAUGACCAAGUAUUUCCAAGGUUAUCCACACUGUGUGUGAAGGGAAGGAAGUAUAACAGUUUCAAAAAAUUGGCAGGAAGAUUGGGAUAGAGCUACUGAAGCAAAGUGUGUUGAAAGAGACCUUCCCAAGCUGGAGUGGGCAGGAGAGAUUCUCAAUUGUGAAGGUGAAUUAUACAAUCUCAAGGUUCAAAGUUGAUGCUGUAGAUAUACCAGAAACAUCUGCUUCCUUUAUUCCUGGCACUGGUGUUAGCCUAUCAGUGGCACAUGCUUCUGCUACAAUCAGUGCAGACUGGAGAGUGAAAGCAUGGCUACUCAAAGACCAAGGAGGAUUUACCCUGUCCAUCUCAGAACUGUUCAUGGCAAUUGUCUUCCAAGUAUCACGGGACAGCACAGGCCACUUGUCCGUGUUGCUGCACAGUUGCCAGCUGAGCAUUGGUAGUGUAAAAGUCAAGUUAAAUGAAGGAUCUAGCUGGAUCUAUAGCUUCCUGUCUGGUUUUCUUGAGAAGGCCGUUCAUUCCAAACUGAAUGAAAAUAUAUGCCUAAAUAUCAAAUACAAAAUACAAAUGAUGGAUGCACAGCUUAGAAAGCAGAAGGUCUUAAGCCAAAUAGAUGCCUUUGCACAAAUAGAUUAUUCCCUAGUUAGUUCUCCAGCAGUCUUCAAAUCACACAUUAACUUGGAUUUGAAGGGCACGGUCUAUCCAGUAGGAAAUCACACAGACCCUCCCUUUGUGCCUGCUCCAUUCGAUCUCCCAAACAAGAUCAAUUCUAUGCUCUACUUAGGAGUCUCCAAUUAUUUUCUUAAGUCUGCUACACUGGCUUACUACAGAGCUGGGGUCUUUAACAUCACCAUCUCCAGAGAUCUUGCUGCUGCUUUUAACCUAACUACAGCCAUACUGAAAGAUUUUGUUCCUGAGAUUGCUCUGCAUUGCCCAACAGCGUGCCCGGUGCUUCUGAAGCUGAUGGCUACAUCACCACCUGUUGUCAGUUUGCAGUCAGACACAUGCAGACUAUGGAUCACCGGGUCUGUAGAGGUGUUUGCUGUUCUGCCAAAUUCAACCAUCCAGUACAUCUUUACAGGGAAUCUGACAACAAGUACCAGAGGCAAUUUGACAGUAAUCAAACAGAAGCUGAUCAUCUCAAUACUUCUGAAGAGGCUUCAGUUGUCCCUGCUGCACUCUGCUGCUGGCUUCUCUCAGGUCUCACUGGUGGAGAAUUUUCUGUCUUACACUUUACGGAGGGUAGUGAUCCCAGUAAUCAAUGAUAAAUUAGGAAAAGGAUUUCCUCUUCCUAACUUGGCCCACACCAGCCUGGUUGGACCUGUAAUAAAAAUGAAUCAGGGUCAUCUUGUGAUUUUCUCUGAUGUUCACUACAAACAUGAGCAAGGGGAAGACGAGGACCUUCACAGACACCCCUAAUGCCCCUUUUCUUUCAAACAAUAAUAGAGAAAAAAGAGGUCUUCCUUCUGUUGGCUUGUACGGAGUAGAUGUUAUAACAUUAGAAGAGUGGAUCUUGGUCACUAUUUUUGAUGUUUCUUCACUUUUCAUAAACCAAAUCUGUUGGUUUUUAGUAUAGUGGGUAUAGCCGACUUCUACUGAUGCUUUAGGAACCUUGUUGCAGUCUGAUGGGAAGGAGUGGCUGGGUCUUCUUGUGUUAUAAACACCAACUUUUAUUAAUUUCAGGAACCAGUUAUUACAUUAUUCAACUUAUCUCCACUGGUGUUAGCAACAUUUUAUGUGUAGAGUGAGAUCUUAUUUUUUGUAGCAUUUUCACAGUUUGUCCCUUUGUAACUGAAUACCAUGAGUGGGAACAGAUUUAUGAAAUCUAAUGAAUUAUCGUAGAAUUACAGAAUCAAAAUUUAUCUUGAAGUAACCUCCAAAGGCCAUCUAGUCCAGAGAUCACCUAAGAACAGGACAAAUUAGAUCAUGUUGCUGCAGGCUGUGUCCAUGUGAGUUUUGAACCCCUCCAAGGACAGAGAUUCUACAGCCUUUCUGGGCAACAUUUUCUGCUAUUUAACCAGCUUCAGAGUAAAUUUAUCUUCCUGAUAUUGAAUCAGAAUUUCCCACGUUCCAACUUGUGUCCAUUGCCUUUUUUCUAUGCACUGUGCACUUCCAAGAAGAGCCCAGCUCCAUCUUCUCUGUAUCCUCAGAUCAGAAAGUUGUAGUAAAGAAAAAGGUCUUGGCAGGCUCUCUCUUUUCUGAGCUAAGCAUACUUGAUCUCUCAUACUGUCCUAGUAGAUCAUGUUUUCCAGCCUCAUAACCAUUUUCAUGAUACCUGCUGGACUUGAUCCAAGAUGUCAACAUCAUUCUUGUAGUGGGGAGCCCAAAUUGGACACAGUAAUUCAAACAGUUUUGCAAGUACCAGAUAGAAAGGAAGAAACACUUACCUUCACCUGCAGCUUUUUGUUCAGCCUUGCUGUCCACUAAGAUUCACAGAUUCUUUUCUGCAUAGCUUGUUUCUAAAGAUCCCCUAGCCUGGACUGAUGCAGGGCAUUACUCCCUCACAGGUGCAAGGAGUGCAUCGACUGCUCCUCACAGGUUAGUGUUGUGUACAAACUUGCCAACAGUGCACACUGUCCCACCAUCCACACCAUCAGUGAAGGAAUUAAGCAGUGCUGAUCGCAAUAUUGAUUCCUGUGGAGCACCCACUAGUUGCCAGUCAACACCUGGACUUCAUUGACCACAACUCUGAUUCUGCCCACACAGCCAGUUUUCCACCUUCCUUCUCCACCCUGUAAAUCAUCAGUUUGAUGAGACCAAUGGAGACUGUUUCAAAGACCUUACUGAAAUCGGAGUAUACCAUAUCCACUGCCCUUCCCUUGUCCACAGCACCAGUCAGCUCAUCACAGAAAGCAAUGGAGCUGACCAGGUGUGAUCUGCCUCUGGAAUACCCAUGCUGUCUGCUCCCAGUUAUAUUGUUCUUCAUGUGCUUUAGAAAUGGCUUCUAAGAUAUUUUACUCCGUAUCCAUCCCAGGGUCUGAGGUGACCCUCAGACAAUCUCUAGUCACAAUUCCCUGGCCUCCUAAACAAUGGACCCGCACUCUCCUUAAACUUUCUUUUGCUACUGAUGUAUUUACAGAGCCCUUCACCUCGCACAGUUGUUUCAGCUCCAAAUGAGUUUUGGCUUUCCUGACUUCGUUUCUACAUGUGCAAGCAAUGUCUUUGCACUCCUUUCAAGUAGCUGGUCCCAGUUUCCAUCUUCUGUAUGCUUCCUUUUCGUGUCUGAGCUCACUGAAGAGCUCCGUGUUCAUCCACUCUGGCUUUCUGCCACAGUUGCUCAACCGUCUGAACAUUGUUCUUGUGCUCUGAGGAGGUUGUCCUUGAAGGUUAGCCAACUCUGGGCCUUUGCUCUGCAGGGUAUUUUCCCACAGAUCUUGCCAAGCAGGCUCCUGAAAUCUUCGCAUCUGAAGUCUACAGCUGUAAUUCUGUUUUUUGUCUUGCUCACUCCUCUCAGGAUCUGGAACUCUACAGUCUUGUGCUCGCUGCAACUAAGACUGUCCUGUCCUUGAUUGUCAUCCAGCAGUUUUUCCUUGAUCGUGGGUAGCUGCAGCUCUUUGAGGGGAUCAAGCUCCAUAUUAUUCUAUAACUCGCACAUUUCUGGAACUGAAGAGCUUAUUUUUCCCUCUGUCAUUGUCACCACGGAGGAGUUACUGAAAGUGCAUGAAAAAGGAAAGAUGUCUACAAAUGUUACACUACGGAAAGUUCUGUUCCAACUUGGGACAGAAAUGUGGCUUGGGGUUGAUUUUUUUCUGAAUCCAUAUAUGCAUCUAGCUGGCUGGUGCUCUUUUUCUUAAUUAAAAAAUCAUCCUGAAACCAAAGAGAAGUAAAUCACUGCAGAGCUUUCAAUUCAUUGUAUUAUAUACUGGGAGAAGAACAACUAGAUAAAGAACAGAAGAGCUCAAAAGAAAUUGUAGCUUUUCAAUAGUUUGAUGUCCCUCACUGAUAAUACUCCCAGAACUUCUUUCUGCCUAUCUGGGGGGGGGGGAUUUAUGAGAUAGGGGGAAAAGGUAAUGAAAGCCCUGCUGCCCAUCUCUUCUCUCUUCCAAUGGGACACGUGCUCCAGUACCAGCCAACAAGUGCCAUGGCUGGAUGGGCCUUUCCAAACCAAAGCCAUGCCUUAGUGUGAUGUUGCCCCUGAAGCCCUAGUCCUGGGACUGUUGUUAACAAAGUAAUAAAGCAAUUGUUUCUUUGAUGACUAAAGAGGAUGCUGUAUACACCAACUGUUCCCCUGUAUCAUCCUAUUCUUACCUACUGUCCAAAAUACCACUUUUGAUCUGGUAUUACUUCUUAACUGACAGAAUUACUGAUAGCUGUGCCUCAGCAUGCUGCAGAUUAAAGAGUGUGGAGAAAGGGGAGAAUUAGGGAAGCAGGCAAAGGGGACUGCUGGAGCACCAAGCUACAAGCAAGGACUGGCAUUGUGCAAACCAAAGUGAUCUGCAGGGAAACAGCAACAAGUCUUCACUGAUUGCUAUAAGUUCAUUUUGUUUCCUGUAUACUGGGUAAAAAGAAUUGCAAUCUGUAUCCCCUCUAGCAUUUAGAUCGAAGCAAAUGUUUUGUUGCUCACUAAGAAAAUCAAAUUAAAACAUUCCUUUUAGAAGCUCUUUCGAAUACCUUGAAGGGCAUAAAGUAAGAAAGUAGAAACAAUUUGUGGAGUAUGUUAAUAUGCUAUCUGAAUGUAUCUGUAAGCAGAUAUUUGGCUUUUACUGGGAUAUCUGUAGAAAGAAAUUAUGAAAUUGUU